AUGGCCCACCAGAGGUUCAGCAGGCAGCCGUGGAUGCACUCAAGUCCAUCGCCGCUGUGUGAGUAUGCGAUGGGGUAUUCCUCUCCCUGGCUGUUUCUGACGCAGCUUGAGUCGACUCAAAGUACACCGGAUGGCCCACCAGAGGUUCAGCAGGCAGCCGUGGAUGCACUCAAGUCCAUCGCCGCUAGCACGAGCCUGUGGUGGUCGGUGCCUCAGCUGCCGCAGCACCACAAGACCAACCUCUUCUCCGUCAUCGCAGCCUCUAUCACCUCCCUCACUCGCCAGCAACACUCCGCUGCUGUUGCUGCCGCUGCUGCAGCAGGGGGAUACUCAGCAGCAGGAGCAGCAGGGGCAGGAGGAGCACCAUGGGGGACGGUAGCAGCGGCGGGUGGGGUGUCAGCAGCGGAAGGUGCAGGAGUGGGGAUGGGUUCAGAUGGGGGGGGAGGGGUGUCGGAUCACACGAUGCUGGUGCAGAGCAUCAAGUUGGCACUGGCAGAGAUGCAGGUGGCAGGCCGAUCAGGCACUGGCAGCGCCCAGGACAUCGGUUCACCACUGAACGUGGCUGUCGCAUCUGUCAUUACGGCUGUAGCAGCUGCUUCAACUUCCCUGGCUCUGGACGAGGUGUUCUGUGUGCCACAGCCACCACUGCAUCUCAUUGCCGAUGCCUUCGGCCAGAUGGCAAAGAAUAGACCUGCUGUGUUCCGAGCCAUGUGGCCGAAUGUGUUGAGGAAGAUCGUCCCACAGUUGCUGAGUGUCACUGAGACCACCAAGCACGUCUUUGCUGAUGCAAUCGCCCACUGGUGCCGGGCAUUCACCCACGGGCAAGGCAUGGCUGUGGUGCUGGCGCUGCAGGAGAGACGAAGCAGGGAGGCAAGAGGGGAUCAGGAGGGUGGAGCACCGUCAGAUGAGCUAAGGAAUAUACCAUGGACGGCUGAAGAUUGGGAGGAGUCUCGUUCUUCCAUUCCUCUGCAUCGCCCUGUCUGUCCCUCCCCUCCCAGUGCUCUCCUCCAGUCCGCGUUCGACCUUUUCUUGCAGCGAUGGCUCCUCUCUUCCUCCUCACCUGUAAAGCUUUUUGCUCGAACAAUCAUCGAUGCCAUGUUCCUCUCCUCUGACACUUGUCCCCUCUCUACCCUCCAGAAUCGGCUCGCCACAGCCAAGACUAUGGCGGAGAUAACGUACCCGGCUAUCCACAGCCAAGGCCAUGGCGGAGACGACGUUUCUGCUGCAGGAGAGCUACCCGUGUUGAGGCAUCUUGAGUGCCAAAUGCCUUGUUCUCCUGUAUCCCCGUUUGUUUUUCCUGCAGGCCCGGCUGUCGACAGCCAAGGCCAUGGCGGAGACGACGUUUCUGCUGCAGGAGAGCUACCCGCCCGGCUGUCGACAGCCAAGGCCAUGGCGGAGAUGGCGUUUCUGCUGCAGGAGAGCUAUCUGCGCUCCACCGUCAGCGCUCUGCUGCCUGCCCUUCGCUCCCUGUACGGCAAGGAGCCAGAGGAGUAG